CUUAGGAUGCAAAGGAACAAAGGCCAAUUCACAUCUUCAAAGAUGAAUCGUGAUGAUUCUUCAUCGGCUAUAAAAAACUGGGAUGGUAAUGAGUACUGGAGUUCAGACGGUAAUGGACCUCAACAAGCAACUACCUGCCACCAUUGUGGCAUCAGUGAGAAAUCUACUCCGAUGAUGCGGCGUGGGCCUAAAGGACCAAGGACUCUCUGCAAUGCCUGUGGACUUAUGUGGGCAAAUAAGGGUACACUUAGGGACCUCUCAAAGGCUGCUCCCUUAGUUGUGCAGAAUCCUUCAUCAAACCAAAACGGGGAGAAUGAAGCAGUCGAGUCUGAUCAGAUGGUUCUUCCAAAUGUUUCAAAUGAGAACAAUUCUUCCUCCUGACAUCCUUCAUGCCAUCAUAGGCCUCAGAGAGAAUGUAAUGGAUUGAGUCAUCUAGGGUAAGAUUUCAUGUGAUCACCCCUUUAGAAAAGUUUAGGGCUUCAGCCACAUUAUAUUACAACUUGACAACUUAGAACCAAAAUAGUUUUAU